AUGUUUCAAGGCAUCCGCAAGAACUUCACCCUCGACUUCCUCGACAACAAGAUCGCCGAGGAGCAGGAGAAACAGAAGAAACAGCAGCAGCAACCGCUGCCUGGCAAGCGCCCAUCACAACGCGCCCGCCCAAACACUCAAGACGCUCAACCAGGUCGCGCAGCGAAGGAUCCUGUCUCUAAGGGACCAGAUCCUGACAGCUUCGUCAUCGGCGACGAUGCAUCGGACAUCAGCAGAGCAGCCACACCUUCUGCCGGCUACAAGCAUGUCAGCCUUAAUGGGAUUGUCAUCGAGCCUACCAACCCAGCCCCGAAACAGGACGCCGAAACUGUUUCAACCACCACCACCUUGGUACCGGGCGCAAAGGGCAAGGAAAGAGCGACCGACGCCGAACCAACACUACCACCAACAGAGAUCCAGCUACCACAAGAGGUCCAGGAAAAGCUCCUUAAGCUGGAGCAGCUCACCUCACGCUAUCAAGAUCUCUUGCGCAACUAUCGCACCGCUCACGCUCAUGUCGCCGCCAUCGAGCCUUUCGAGGCAACGCUUCGCGAGCACACGCCACUCACCUCUCUCGAUUCUGCCGCCCUGGUCGAAUACCUCAAUCAACAAAACAGACAGAGUGAAAUGAUAAAGGAUGAACUUAAGAGAGUCACCGGCGAACAGACCGACCUACGCUUCGAGAUCAGCCGUCUCGAAGGCGAGGCCACAUUGUCUGCACAAAUCAUCGCUCAGCUUCGUCAGUACGAGGCUUCCACAAAUGACCUCCAGAGGAAGCUUUCAACAGCAGAGACAGAGCGCGACGACGCACAGCGCAUCGCUCAGUCGAAAAAGGGACACGAGUCCGCUGUGGCCAGCUUGAGAAGCCAGCUCAAAAGGGCUGAAAAGGAUCGUGACACCGCUUACCAGGCCAUCAUUGACUGCGGCAAAUGCGCCAUUCCCACGAAGGCCGAAGAGCAAGCUGCCACACCCAGCGAGAAGAGCAUUAGCACUCCCGGAGCCAGAUCGAGACACAACUCCGAUGCCACAGAAGCCAGCACACAGCCCACAGAGGUCAGCACACCUGCAACGUCGGCAGUCCCGUCCGUUGACGGCGCCAGCGAGCUUGCUCAGCCCGGUGAUGCCAAGAAGAAGAAGAAGAAGAAGAAGUCGAAGUCUAAGAAGAAGAAGACACCAACAGACACCAGCACAUCGCCCACAUCGCCCGAGACACCCAAGAUGAAUGUGACACUCGAAGACAUGAUGCGCAACCCCGAACUUGCGUCCGUUGUUAUGCUCAAGGCCAAGUUUGGUGACAACCCUAUUCUACCACUGUUCUCCAGCAUCGUUGGGCAGAUGAAGCAACGAAGCGAAGGCGAAAGCGACGAAUACGAUGAGCGACAGCUGCACUUGGAGAGCAAAAUCGAGGAGCUCCAGCAACAGAUGAUGGACAAUUAUGUCAUUCUGCGCGAUAGAGACGAUCAGAUUGCACAAUUGAAGGCAGAGAUAGUCGUGUUGCAGGAGAGAGUCACUGGCGAGGCGGCACUCCGGGACCAAAUCUCUGAGCUGAAAGAGGAGUGCGAAGAGCUGAAACAGGAUAUCCUCGACCAUGGCGGUGCAGCCGCUGAUGCGAAGCAUGCGCUUAAAGAGAGCACAGAACGCCUCGAAAAACUGGAGAGCGAGCGCGUUGUGCAAGAAGAAGCAUACGCAAAGCUGGAGAAGGAACGCGCUGAGCAACAACAAGCAUACGAGAAGCUCGAGAAGGACCGCGUCGUGCAACAGCAAGCACACGCGAAUCUGGAGAGCGAGCGCGUCGCGCAUCAAAAGGCCGUCGAGAAGCUUGAGAGCGAGCGCGUCGUGCUACAAGAGGCAUACGAACGCACCUGCAAAGACCUCGCCACCAGUGAGAGCGCGCGAGCUAAGAUCUCCGAGACCUGCGCUGAAGCGACCGCGGCACGCGACGCGCUGCAGGCAGACAUGAAGCGCUUCCAAGAUCUCCGUGAUCAGACACAUGAGCUCGGAAUGCAGAUCAAGGAGAGAGAGGACAGAGCGGAAUCCCUUGAAGAAGAGCUUGCCGAUGCGCACCGCCUUCUAUCUGAGCGCAGCCGAGAGGGCGAGACAAUGCGCAGACUGCUUGCCGAUGUGGAGACUCGAGCGGACAGCCGAGUCAAGGAGAUGCGACAGCAGAUGGAUCUCGCCACCGAAGAGCGGGAUCGUGCUGAAGACGAAGCCAGCGCUAUUGGCAGACGCAAGGCGAGGGAAAUCGAAGAGCUGAAGAACAAGCUACGCGAUGCCGAGCGACAGACCAGCCGAGCUUCAGACGCCAAAGAGGAUGCCGAGCGUAAACUCUCCGAUUACCAGGAUCGACGAGCCGAUCUCGAAAAGCAGGCAUCCCAAGCUAGGGAGGAGGUCGAGGAGAUUCGCACUGCCAUGGGUCAAAUGCGCAAGACACUUGACGCCACCGAGCACCAACUGGGCUUACUGGAGAAAGAGAAAGCCGAACUACGAAAGAGCCUUCAGGAACAGGAGGUCAAAUUCGAAAAGCUGCGGGAAGCAUGCCGCGGUAUGGCCGAGGACAUGAAAAACUGCAAGCUGUAUCAUCCAAAGAAGACUGUCGGCGGAAGUGCAACACCAUCACGCACAUCCAACGACUCCUCGAGAGUCACAUCGCCUGCACCACGACCGAGCACAUCAAGCGCACAGUCACAGGCCGUCGACUCGGUAUACCUCAAGAGUGUGCUGCUCCAAUUCAUGGAGCAGAAGGAGAAGAAACAUCAACUCCAGCUCGUACCGGUGCUCAGCCAGCUCUUGCACAUGAGCAAGGAGGAUGAGCAAAAGUGGUACGCAGCAGUACAGGCGAAGUGGUAG